AUGCAGAACCAACUCAUGGCUCUCCCAACUGUCAACAGUAGCAGAUGCGGUGCUUGCGGUUCCGACGUCUGUACUUGCGGCGGAUACGACAUGGCGAACAACCGUGGUGCAUGUGGCUCUGAGGAUUGCACUUGCAAGGGUUAUGAUAUGGCCAACAACUGUGGUGCUUGUGGAUCCGACACCUGCACCUGCAAUGGAUACGAUAUGGUCGACGAUUGUGGCUCUUGUGGUGAUGACUGCAAAUGCGACCACUGCACUUGCGAAGAUAGCCUCUAG